AUGCGGGAUUUUACGCGCGGAGUGGUUCUCUGCGCGCUCCUCGGCUCCGUUUACGCGUCGUGCCCGCCGCGCUGCGAGUGCUCGGAGGCGGCGCACACCGUGAAGUGCGUGUCCAAAGACCUGCGGAGUGUCCCCGCCGGCAUUCCCGCGUACACCCGGAAUCUGUUCAUCACCGGGAAUCAGAUCAGACGGAUCGGGCCGGAGUCUUUCAAAGGCCUGGACAAUGUGACCAACUUGUCUCUGAGCAAUAACAGAAUUUCCGAGGUGGAAUCCCACGCCUUCUCUGGUCUGCUCCGUCUUCGCUCUCUGGACCUGAGCAACAACCAGCUGGCCGUCAUCCACCCCGAAGCCUUCACCGUCCUCAACCAGUCUCUGCGCGAGCUCAACCUGAGCCGGGCCCUCUACAACCACUCCUCCGUGAUGGACCUGGCCUCCUCCCUCCGCUGGAGCUCCCUGGGGAACCUGCGGGUCCUGGACCUGUCGCACAACAGCCUCAUCUACCUGCCGUCCCGCAUCUUCUCCCACCUGAGCGGCCUGCGGCGGCUCCAGCUCGCCAACAACUCCCUGGUGGCCCUCCACAACGCCUCCCUCUCCGGCCUGGAGCUCCUGGAGGAACUCGACCUCACGCUCAACGCCCUCAAGACAUUCCCGGAGGAGGGCCUGCGAGAGCUGGACUCCGUACCCAGAGCCUCCCUCCUGCUCGGGGAGAACCCGUUCACGUGCACGUGCGGGAUCGAACCCUUCGCCCUGUGGCUCAACGCGUCGCAGGCCCGCGUGGAAGACGCCGACGGCCUCUUGUGCGACUUCCCGGCCAGCAUGAGGAACACCUCGGUGCUGGCGGCGGGCGCGUUGACCCUGGGCUGCCACCAAAGGGACGCGGGGGCGGACCUGGCCCUGCAGACCUCCUACGUCUUCCUGGGCAUCGUGCUGGGCUUCAUCGGCCUCAUCUUUCUCUUCGUGCUGUAUCUCAACCGCAAGGGCAUCAAGAAGCGCGUCUACGACCUGCGCGACGCCUGCAGGGAGGUGUGGGAGGGCUACCACUACCGCAUCGAGAUCGACUCCGACCCCCGGUUAUCCCAGGUCACCACCAGCGCCGACGUGUGA